CUCGUUGCGAAACGACCAUGGAGACGAAGCCGGCGCCAGCCGCUCCAAGUGGCGGCAUGGAGACGGCGGUGUCGACUGUCCCUAAGAUUCGCGACAUUGGCACGAUUGCGUUAGAAGCUCUUGGGAAGAUCGACACUGUGCUGGCGUUCGAGCUGAGUGUCAUGAACGACCACAUGAAGGCCAUGGAAGGCGAAAACGCGUUGAUCAAGGCUGAGAACGAUAUGUUAAAGGCCAAGUUGGUGCAGCAAAAAGAAGACGAAGCCGACAUUUACUACUACUUGCACAAAAAGCUGGACGCAAACUACGAAGUGAUUGCGCAGUUGGAAAGCGACAUCCAAACCGUAAAACUCGAGCGCGACGCGAUGGACAAGGCGUUCCACAUCAAGCAAGACGAGACCCAAGACGCGUUUGCCAAGGAGAAGAAGGAGCUCACGGAGCGCAUCGAAAGCGCCGAGGACACGCUUCAUGCGCUCGAAGUGUUUCGUGAGCGCAAGAUCGUUCUUGAAGACACGAUUGCCGCCAUGGAGUCGACGUUGGCGGCGGAAAAGGACAACCACAAAAAGCAAGUCGUGGAAAUGGAGCGGCGCAAUGUCCAGGAAAAAGAACGCAUCAAGAAGGACAUGCUCAUGAAAAUCAAAGAAAACAAACAAAAUCUCUUGGCACGGACAGAAGAUCAACUGGACACGACAACGAAGCGCACGAUGAUGGAGAACGACCAGAUGAUCUCGGAACUGCAGUACCAAAGCAAAGAAACAGAAAAACUCUUGGUAAAGUACAAGGCACUUGAAACCGAAGUCGUGCAUCUCCGUCUUCAGCUCAAGGUGAACAAGGACACGGAAGUGGAAAUGGCGAAACGGACGCAUUUUUACCAAAAGCUCAUCAAAAAGCUCAACGAACGCGUGCAGAGCGACCACGUGGCCGCGCGGACUCACGCCGCGCUCACGCAAGGCCAAGAGCGCACCAAGACGGACGUGAACAAGGCGAACGAGGACAUGAUCGCGCUGCUGCAGACCAAAUCCAACGGCCUCGAGACGCAGCUGCGCACGCUGUGCGCCGAACUCGCAGACGCGCGCACUCAUGUGGACGAAGCCCGCGCCGAGAAGCACGCGAUGCUCGCGCAGCAGGACGACACGCUGCGGUUCCUGAGCGUGGCCAUCCAUGACAUCACGCACCAGCUGGCCCUGAGCGGACACGGACACGCGGCGCCGUCGUCGCUCCAUGCGUGGCAGGCCGGCGAUGUCAUUCCUGCGAAAUUGGAUGACCUCGCGCCUUCCGACGUGAAAAAAGUGCUGCAAAUGCUCUUUGGCAAGCUACACGCAUACCAAGCGGCUAUUGUGCAAACCCGGCCAGUGCUGUAUCCGCCAGUGGUGCCACCAUCCCCUGCAAGUUCUUCUUCGUUGGGGGUGGAAUUGCCGCCGUUGGUGCCCGCCAAACACCGCCAAGACCAGCUCGAGAUUCUCAAGGCAUUGGCGACCAGAGGGGAUUCUGUCCAGCGAGCGACUCGUCCUGGAAAUAGUGGCUGUGGGGUCUUGCUUGAAUCUCCUCAUGGCGUACCCCUCCGGUCCAUUGCCGUCCAAACGCUGCCUGAAUGGGUAGGCUACCACACCAAUACAUAUAUAUAUAUAACCUACCACCACACCAAUAUAUAUAUAUAUAUAUAUAUAGACAUAACGACUUGAUGUAGAGUGCCGAAAGCAAGCGAAACACUGGAGCCAGUCGCAACAUUUCCACUUUGUAUCAUCACGUGGAUCGAACCAAGAACCGCCCAAGGAACCGCCGCGAAGGAGACGGACACAUUGGGCAUGAAGAUGGAGGCAGCUCGUCGGUCGUGACGACGGCGGCGGGGCGACUGGGGGCGUUGGUGCUGCUCUCCAAGGGAUCAUCGCGGCCAACCAUCAAGACUCGAAUCGUGUUGCCAGAUGCCCACCGAAUGUCUCUACCCAGUGCCACCGUCAGUCCAGGGUGAUUUGAUCCCAACCCAAUCUCAGCACUUACAGUCUACCGUUCCGGUUCUUUGGGUGUUCUUUGGGUGUUCAACGGCGCUAGUACUACUAGUAGUACUUACUACUAGGACGGACCCACGAUCGUGUUUGGUCGUAUAUAUUAAAUUAAACGGGACUUUGGUGAUGAUGGCGAAGGUGUUCCAGUUGCCGCUCCAGGGCGCGUCGCUCCGCCUUGAUCGACUCGAGAGCCGACUGCAUCGACGUGCCUUCUUCUUCUUCGUCCCUAGCGGCGGGUGCCGACAAG